CAACUUCAACAACCUAACUGUAAGCAAAAACCCUAGCAUCCCCAUAGCCAGCACCACAUCUCUUUGCCUCCUCUUUACUCUGUUGCAAUCAUGAUGAGAAUUAAAACUCCCAAGAAAGGCAGAGUCAAAAGGGAAUUAGAAAAACGCGCUCCAAAGCUUGUUGAAACAGGGAAGAAGACGCUGAUAUUACAGGGUACAAAGACGAGCAGCAUAUUGAAUGCUGUGUUGAGUGAAAUUUGCCAUUUGAAGAAAGGUGGAGUUGUGAGAUACACAAGGAAGAAUGAUAAUAUAAGGCCUUUUGAAAGUGGGGGUGAAACUUCGUUGGAGUUCUUUUCUCUCAAAACUGAUUGCAGCAUUUUUGUUUAUGGUUCACACUCAAAGAAGCGACCCAACAAUCUUGUUAUAGGGCGAACAUAUGAUCACCAUAUUUAUGAUCUUGUAGAGGUUGGGGUUGAAAAUUUUAAAUCCAUUGAAUCAUUCACUUAUGACAAGAAGCUAGCUCCACUGAUGGGAUCAAAGCCUUUCAUUGCUUUUGUUGGAGAAGGAUUUGAGAAUGUAGAUGAGCUGAAACAUUUGAAGGAAGUUUUGCUCGAUCUUUUGCGGGGAGAGGUUGUGGAGAAUAUAAAUCUUGCUGGGUUGGACCGUGCUUAUGUAUGUACAGCAAUAUCUUCAAAUAAGGUAUACCUUUCACAUUGUGCAUUGCGGCUGAAAAAGUCUGGCACUGUAGUUCCAAGGAUGGAACUGGUAGAAGUAGGCCCCUCCAUGGAUUUGGUGGUUCGGCGUCAUCGCCUUCCAAAUGAAGGCUUGAGGAAAGAAGCUAUGAAAACAGCUAAAGAUCAACCUAAGAAGAAGAUCAAAAAUGUUAGCACAGAUGCUGUACAAGGGACAAUUGGGAAGAUCUAUAUUCCCGAUCAGAAGAUUGGAGAUAUGGCUUUGCCGAACAAGGCCAAGGGUGUGAAGAGAGAGCGCCGUGAAGCUAAGAAGAAAGAGGCUAAUGAGCAUGCCUCAAAAAAGCAGAAGGAAGAGUCUGAGUAGCCCUUCGGAUGUGUGCUAUGCCUUUAACUUUCCUAUCUUAUACUCGUUGCCUGCCAAAUUUUUGCUCUGGGGCCGUCAGUUCUCCGAAGUGAAAUCAAAUGUAACGAAUGGGGUAGAUAUUGGAAGCCGACAUUUUCACCCGUCGCUGUUUCAAUCAUGUAACCUAUUAAAUAUGUUUAGGUGUUUAUGUUGGAUUGUUACAUUUAGUUCAACCUUACAUUUUCUGAAAAAAAAAAAAAAGGAAGAGAAAAGCUGUAACAAAAGUAUUUUGCUCAUGAGUCAUUCAAUUUUGAAAUAGAGAGUGAAAGUUUCCUCUAUUUUA